AUGGCAGCCAAUGCAGAAUGCGUAUGGGGUACAGUUUGGGGAGGAAAUGGUGGAUCCCGUACCUGGGAAUUCAUAAUACCUGAUGGUUCAAGACUUACCAAGAUUGAUUUAUGCAGUGGAAACGCUUUAGAUUUCAUCCGCUUCACUUACAAGGAUGGGUAUGGCCAUACCCAUACUUCUGAAAAAUUCGGUGGUGAUGGUGGCUCAUCUCAUAUGAUCAUCUUCGAUGACAAUGAGUAUCUCAUCGGGAUUAGUGGGCGUGUCGGAUCAUUUGGUGACAACACCGUGAUUACCUCAGUGACUUUCCAGACCAACAUCAGAACUUAUGGGGAAUACGGCACAAACCCCGGGACUGAUUUCUCGUUUGGGGUCACACGCGGUAAGUUUUCGGGAUUCUAUGGAAAGUGUGGCAGUUCCGUAGACUCUUUGGGUGUCAUUCUUCAGGCGUCACAUGCUCCCUCUUUGAGGUCGAUGGUUCAAGUCCCGUCGUGGACAUAGGUGGAAUAGAUGUUAUUAGCUUUAGAAGUAGAUUAGAUUUGUCGGUUCAAAAAAAAAUCUAUCCUUCUGCGUUCAUUAAUAUUAAUUUACCAAUUAAGAAUACCAAAAACAUGAUGACCAUAAGAACAUAAAGAAUAAUCAUCUUCUUCCUAACCUAUAUAUUAAUUUUUCAUAUACAUAAACCUUCGAA